AUGUGCGACAUCCACGAGAAGCACGCCCUCACCGUCACGAUCGGGCUCGACCGCACCCUCGACAUCGAGUUCCCCCACAAAUCAUGGGCGGACGCGUUCAGGUAUCACAUCAUCAGCAGACACUAUUCUCAAUGGAAUCGGACGCACGCUCGCCACAAGGCGCGCGUCGUGCACAUUCCCCUCCCCCGGGGUCUCCAGAGUGUCGAGGUGAAGGCGGUGCCGGAUGAGUUUGGUGUCGGGGUUUUCUUUGUGUUCGACGACACGAUCUCGGCGCUGCGCUGGUGCACGGGUGCGAAGCUGUGGCGCCGGACUACCGACCCUGUCAGGCUGUACAUGCCCAGUCAGUGGGUGCAUGGUGUGUUUGAUCAGUUGCUGGAGAUCCAGUCAAGCAAUGACGCUUCGAGGGGUGUUGUUGAUGGGGCGAUGGGGUCACAAUGA